AGAUGAAAAGCUACCUCUGGCAAACAGUGCAAGAAGACAGGCGUGUUAUUAGUGAUUUUCUUGCUGUUUCAUGAUUUUAGUUUAGCUUGGAUUACUUGGAUCUAUUCAGCUACUCCUCUUUGUAGUAUUGAAAAUGACUACUGGAAGCAAUAAUGUCUACUAUUCUCCGAAGUACUUCGACGACGAAUUUGAAUACAGACACGUCAUAAUGCCGAAGGAGUUGAUUCCUCUUGUUCCCAAAGGCAGGCUUCUAUCAGAAGCUGAAUGGAGAGGCAUCGGUGUAGAGCAAUCCCCAGGCUGGGUUCACUAUAUGCUGCACAAUCCAGAGCCGCACAUCCUUCUCUUUAGACGGCCUGUACCAAAGAGCUAACCAGGCGUAUCCAACAACAACUUGAACAACUACAUCAAAGUUUUCGUCAUGUUCGCAUUUGUCGUGCUAUUGAUCGGAUGAUAAUUUCUUUCUUAGCCACCCCUGUGUAAUGGUAGCCCUAAUAUAUCGUUGCACUGUUCCUGUGGCCCUGCCCUUUGUUUAAUGCCUAACUUGUGUACAAAGUCGUCGUGUUGACUAUGAACAAAGCUUUCUCCGAUUGUUGCUUUCCCACAACUGCUGUUAAUGAAUUUGUGCACCCUGAGACUGCUCGCCGAGCGGUACAUCUUGCGUGGAGGCUUUUUAUUUUUCCUUGGAGGGCCUAUUUUCUGCUGAAGCUGGAAUAUCAGCUAUCGCUGUACAUACAUUUGCAGAUGCGUGUCCUGCUACGGCACUGAUUGCUAGCUAGCUAGCUGCUGCUGCACCUGGAAGCCAGUGUCUACACUGCUUUGCCUCGGUUUUGAUUGGCGUAUGCAACCUUUGCAGCAGCCACUACAGCAUAGCAUGCAAAUGCUGCUCCUGCGGUCUAUGUCUAUAACAUACCGCACAGUGCCUGCAACGCACAUACUCAUUACCGCACAGUGCCUGCAACGCACAUACUCACUUUUCACAGCACUUGUCUCUGACCUGUGCUGCUCUUUUUCGUUCCGUUUUCUUUUAUGUUCUCCUUUCUCUUUUGGCCUCAGUUCUGUAUAAUAACAUCUAACUCUUGUAUUAUGGCCGCGUUUCAUAACGUGACCAAACUGUCCUGUCAGAGCGUUCUGCAAGACUAUCGUUUGUGUAUUGUUU